CCUGCGCUCUGCUGUCUCUUCUCCUGCUCCUCUCCCGGGGUCGGUUACUCGUUUGAAGUUCCUUGAGGAGUCUUUUUGUCUUGACGUUCAUCCUUCACAGCCACCAUGGUUCACAGCAGCAGCAUCUGCAGAUUCCUCCUCCUGGUGCUCCUAGGCAUCAUGGUAGCCUUUGUACACACAGAGACAGUUGCAGACCCUGCCUCAACAACCAGGGACAACCAGGACACCAUGUCUGGAGAGCCACCCAGUGACGUCACCACCAAAGAGCCUUUCCAGGAAAUGACGGAGCAGGCCUUCACCUCCGACUACGAGGACACCACACUCUCCCAGGACGUGGACGAGGAGGAAGGUGUUCUGGGGCCAGGGGCCAUCACAGCCAUUGUUAUAGCAGUCUUCCUGGGAGCAUCUGUCCUCCUCGCCCUCAUUGUCAUCACACUCAGGAAGUUUACCGCCUCCUAGAGUGAAGAAAUUUCAUCUUGUGUAUACUUGUCUGUGUGUGUGUGUGUGAGUGUGUGUGGUGUGUGUGUGUGUGUGUGUGUGUGUGUGUGAGUGUGGGUGUGGGUGUGUGUGUGUAUGCCACACAGUGUGUCAGCGUUUCUCUUUUGCUUCCCAUCUGAAUUUCUCAACUCUUAACCCAGUCCUUAUUUUUCCUUUAAAGAUUAGUUGUGUAUUUUACUUUACUGUAGAUGCUAAAAAACUGUGGCAGGUCCCCUGACUGACUAUUUACAGAUUUACUGUAAACACAUUCUUAAAUGUUGCUCAACAUGUCUACUUGUUCCUGAAGGUAUAAUGUUAGAAACUGGCUGGCUCUUCCAGUGGAAAUCAUAGCAUGUCCAUUUUUCUUCCUUCCUUCUCAUAGUCUUACACGCAUGCUCUAAAGGGUUUUAAUGUGUGUGGGCUGUUUGUCCAGGGAGUUUGAUGUGAAGUAUCCCGUAUGUGUUUGCUUUUAUUUUGUACAUGAUGUGUGUGUGUGCGUUUUUCUUAGUCCGUGUCUUACUUUUUUCCUUCAAUAAGAAAGAUAUUUGAGAUGUAUGUGCCUACAUGUGAGGUCUGUAUAAGUAUUUCACAAUGAUUUCACCUUGCGCCGAAGUUAUUUUUAAAAUAUUCCCUCGUGUACAAGUUUUUAAGUUUGCACUGCACCAUUUACAAACAUUGGUGGAGUCAAAAUAAGGAGAAAACAUUUUUUUUAAAAGGCUUCUUUGAUGAAUGUAAACAGGGUAGUUGGGUUGUUUGUUUUACCUGCGAGCAAAUAUAAAGCCAGAGCAUGGAUGAAUGUGUGUUUGCACUCAAAUGAGUGUUUGGAGUUUUUUGUUGUUGUUUUAUUUGCAUGGGGGGAGUGGGGGGUCGUAUUUUAGUAAGACUAUUUUGUCUUAUUCUAUAUGCCUCAGAGUCCUCAGUACUCAACCCUUCAGCUGGAUGUUGCCAUGUUAAUGUCACUGCCCAAUUAUAUUUAAGUUGAGACUUGAGAUAAUGAGAUUUUAGUUGAAUAAAUAAAUCACAUGCCAAACA